AUGGGCAAAGAGUCGGGCAAGGCUCAGGAGCUCGCCGUCGUAAAUCCUCCAGCAAAUUCAUCCUCCGCCGUCUCUGCAACGUCCGACAGCGAGACAGACGCCAGCAAAGCCCACCAGUUCAAUGAGCAGACAAAUUACGUCCCCAAGAGGACAAUCAUUACGAUCUUUCUCGCCUGCGCCAGCGUCGAUCUCCUGGCGUUGAUUGACCAAACUACCCUCGCGACGAGUUUGUACAUUAUCGGCAGAGCAUUGGGCUCAACAGAUCAAGUGUCAUGGAUUGCCAGCGGCUACUUCAUAACGUCUACGGUGGGACAAUUGCUGUACGGUCGACUCUCGGAUAUUUGGUCCCGCAAAGUUGUUUUGCUUUCAGGGCUUGCGAUAUUCUUCGUUGGAUCUUUGGCAUCUUCGCUUUCGCAGUCUGUGCUCCAAUUGACCAUCUUUCGAGCAUUUACCGGCAUUGGAGGUGGAGGUUUGAUGACUGUGGCACAGCUCAUUGUCAGCGAUGUUGUGCCUUUGCGAGAAAGAGGAAAGUAUCAGGGGAUUUUGGGUGCUGUGGUGGCUAUCGCAAAUGGCAUCGGUCCAGUCAUUGGCGGUGCUCUCUCCUCCAAGUCAUCUGAAUCAUGGCGAUGGAUUUUCCGUCUUAAUUUGCCGCUGACUGCUUUAACGACUGGCUGUGUCGUCUUUUUCAUGCCUUUGAAGAAAGUGGAGGGCGAUUGGAAACUGAAACUAAAGGCCGUCGAUUUCGGUGGCAUCUUUCUUUCCUUUGCUGGUAUGACCGUCUUUAUUCUGGGUAUGACUUGGGGUGGCCGCGAGUACGCGUGGAACUCCGUGCAAGUCAUUGCAACCAUGGUGAUUGGCGUGGUUGUCUCCAUUGGUUUCGUUAUAUGGCAAUGGAAGGGACCGCGAUAUCCCCUUGUGCCUCUCCACAUAUUCAAGUCCAAGAUUGUUAAUGGCGCUUGUCUAACGAUGGCCAUCAAUGGAUGGAACUUUGUCAUGCAAGUGUAUUACGUGCCCUCGUUUUAUCAGCUGGUGUAUGGGUAUUCUGCUACAAAAUCCGGAGCUCUGCUGCUCCCCAUCACCAUCAUUCAGACAUUCAGCAGUACGCUCUCUGGGCUGAUUGUUCAUUGGGUCGGACGGUAUCGAGAGUGCAUCUUAUUUGGUUGGGUUUGCUGGGCUGUUGGCCUUGGCCUCAUGUCGACUUUGGACGAGACUACGGGUUUGGGUAAACAGAUUGGCUAUUCCAUCUUGAUUGGUGUUGGUGUGGGAAACACUCUACAGCCGGCAUUGAUCGCGACGCAAGCUGGCGUUGAGCGGCGCGAUAUGGCCAUCGUGACAUCGUUCCGCAACUUCGUCCGAAAUCUCGGAUCGACCCUUGGCCUUGCAGUCUCUGGAACUGUAAUUAACAACAUUCUCGCUGGUGCAUUUUCAUCUCUCAACUUGGACGGAAAGGAGGCAAAAACUCUGCUGAGCAAUCCCCAAGAAUAUCUGAAUGAAGUAUCACCAGAGGAGGCAGAACGAAUCAGAGCUAUAUUAUUACCAGCUUAUCGACGUGGGUUUCGUAUCAUUUUCAUCAUCGGUGCAUCUUUGGCGGCAUUUGCAUUUGUUCUGGCAUUCUUUCUCAUGCCGCAGGUGGAGUUGAGUAGACCGGAUGAUCAGAAACUAAAGGAGGAGGCGCAAAGAGCUUACGAUGAAAAGAAGAGGAAGAAAGAGGCAGCUUGA